CCGGACUUCUUCCUUGAGCCUUUGUGUCAGUCAGUUGUUGUGUUCAAUCGCGAAGAGAGCAAGAGACGGUGUCCUUCCAGUGCAUUUCUACAUUUAUUAAUUAACCUGAACUCAUGAAAGAUGUUUGCGAAAGCCACUAAGAACCUGGUCUAUGAGAUCGACGUUGAUGGUUCCCUGAUCCCAGUGUCCCGUCUGAAUGACUCGGACGGUCUGACUCCUCUGGCCCUGGUCAUCAAGAGAAACCGCUACUGGUUUUGGCAGCGGCCCAAGUACCUAACAUCAGACUUCAAACUAAAUGAUGUUCUUGUGGGAGAUCCCAUAAAUCCAGCUGUGGUUGAAACUGAUUUUUUGACCUUUAAUGGCAAAGUUGUGGAUAACAAAAGUGGAAGUGCUGCAGCUGAUUUUGGGCCGGGGACCAUUAAUACGGGGGUUGCUAGCUCCAGCAAACUUCAGUCAGCGUUUGGAAACCUUAAGAAGCAGGAGGUGGAUGUACAGAAUCUCUUACAGCUUUCCAAGUCCAGAGUUCUGGACCUGACACACUCUCUGAUCGAGCAGACGCGGGAGUCUCACAGGGAGGUGCUGACGCUCGUGAAGGAGCGAAUCGUCACCACUCAGCCCUGCACCGUCACAGAGGACGUUCAGGAAGGUGGUACCUGCACUGGAAUGUUUGGGUUCAAUAAAACCAUAAAGGUGUCAGUCAAUGAUAAAGAGAAGCCUUUUGUCGAGUAUGACACUAAUGUGUCGAUCAACAUCCCUCCCAAAACCACCAUUGCUUACAGUGUGAUUGAACUAGAAGUUGCUCAAACUGGACACUACGAACUGUGCCUGCUGCCUAAUAUCAAGGGUGGUUUUGAAGUUGACGGGCCAGUGAAGGUGCAGAAAGCAAGAACAGUUAGUGCUGCACCUGGGAAAACAACCAAUAAACUGCAGGAAGAUCUGGAAGGACUCCAAGGGCAGCUGACAGUUCUCUCUAAACUCCCAUCCAGCACUCGCUCCUCAUUAUUCCAGCAGAUCUCUCAGCUCCUGCAGGACAGUGCAGCCAUCAGCGUGCUGGAGGACGCACUAGAGGACCUGUGUGAUGGGACGCAGGCUGAUCCCAGUGCAUUAGAGAAGGUGCCUGCUCUGAAGGCCACACUGGAGCUUAUACAGAAGACCGCUGGUGCUAGCCCCUCUGGAAAGCAGAAGAAACUCAGCGCUCUGACUGCCACCCAUCUGCUCAUCAGCUCCUUAGAUGAGAUGACUGACUCUGCUCUGCUUGAGCUCAAAUCCUGCUGCAGUUACGCAACCCUGCAAGCUUUACUUCAUCUUGUGCAAAAUAUGAUUUCAAAUAAGAAGUCCUCUCUGAAAGAUGCUGCUCUGGCUGCGUUAACCGAUGAGAAGGUUUUCAAGAACGUUACAUCACUCUUUGCUUCCUGUAACGUGAAGCUGCUUAAGCAGAAGGACUCAGUUGCUACAAAAAUCAGCAACCCACAGGAUCGCCUUCCUCUCAUGCUGUGCAUUGCUGUUAAAGGCUUGGCAUCUCUAGUGCCCCCUGUCUGACUGGAGGACAACCGCAAAGCUAUGUAAACUGUGGACCAAAGGGCACUUAAAGCUGUGGACAAUCUACAAACCCUGGGAUAUGAAAAAUAUUAUUAAUCCUUAAGAGGCCUUUUUUUAUAGAAAUUUUCUAUUCAUUUUAAACUUUUUUUUUUUUUUUUAAGUAUCAAAACCUUGAGUGAAUAUACAGUUUUACCAAGUUCACGACACCAAUAACAUGGAAUUUAUCCCCUGUAAUGCGAAUUUUACCACAGGAAUCUUGCCCAAAAUUUGUCUUUUUUUUUUUAUUCCCCUGAACAUGAUUUUGACCGGGGGAACCACCUUGAAACGCGAUUGGGCUAGUUCAGAGUAGCAACUGGGUGCGGGUUUUGUUGUCAAAAUCUGGCAACCUUGGAAAUACACUUAUGUAAAAAUGUGUGCAAAUGCACAAUAAAUUGUUUACAUCGUAUUUUGUCCAUGUUUUCUUAAAUUCCUUAACUCAGUUUUUUUUCCAUCUAAACUUCAACAAGAGCAAAUCUGCAAAUCUUACGAUCAAUUCUUAUGCGUAUGUGUGAUUCAUAGAAUGAAUGUAUGCACAGAAAACACACAUACGCCUCUCUUUCAGAUGUGAAAUCUAUGAAUGGCAAAUGAUCUUGAACUUGCGCACAACUGGUUUCAGCUCUCUGCCUUCUAAAUGAAUCCUAAUUAAUGUCAUUAACGUAUAAAUGAUCAACAGUCAUCAUCCAGAUCCUUUUCAAUGUAGAAG